AUGUCUGACGGGAACGCCGAUUGGGUGGCUCAGAAUCUGCAUCGGCAGAGGAAAAUUCUUGAAGAAAAGCAACGACAAAAACGGAUAACGUCAGCGACUAUUCGCAGUAAUCAACUGCCAUCCUCUGGAUACCAUACAAUGAAUGCAUCUACUGGAUUUGGGUUUGCAUCACCGCCUUGUUAUGAUGGUCCAUUGUCGACCUAUAGUGAUCCUGAUGCAACUGGCCCUACCUUGGUUACCAUACCAGGCAUUGAAUACUCGCAGAAUACCGUCACAUCCAGGCCAACCACGUCUAACAAAGAGCCCUCAAGGUGGGUAGUUACUGCAGAGCUACUUUGA